AUGAUAUUGAAUCCCAACCAUACAAUAGUGAGAGAGUUUAUACUGGAAGGGUUCUCAGAACAUGCUAGCCUAAGACUUCUCCUGACUGGCUGCUUCCUGUUCCUCUACACAAUGGCUCUAAUGGGCAACAUUGUGAUAAUUGUUUUGAUCACCUCCAGCACUGGGCUCCACAGUCCCAUGUACUUUUUCCUGUGCAACCUGGCCACUAUGGACAUUGUGUGCACCUCUUCUGUGCUUCCCAAAGCCCUGGUUGGCCUCAUCUCUGAGGAAAACACCAUCUCCUUCAAGGGGUGCAUGGCCCAGCUCUUCUUCCUUCUGUGGUCCUUGUCUUCAGAGCUGCUGCUGCUGACAGUCAUGGCCUAUGACCGCUAUGUGGCCAUCUGCUUUCCCCUGCACUACAGCUCUAGGAUGAGCCCACAGCUGUGUGUAGCUCUGGCUGUGGGAGUAUGGUCCAUCUGUGCUGUGAAUGCAUCUGUACACACUGGCCUGAUGACAAGGCUGUCAUUCUGUGGACCCAACGUCAUCACCCACUUCUUCUGUGAGAUCCCCCCACUCCUCCUGCUCUCUUGUAGCCCCACAUACAUUAACAGCAUUAUGACUCUUGUAGCAGACGCCUUUUAUGGAUGCAUCAACUUCAUGCUAACCCUAUUAUCCUAUGGCUGCAUCAUUGCCAGCAUCCUGCGCAUGCGUUCUGCUGAGGGCAAGAGGAAGGCAUUUUCUACCUGCUCAUCCCACCUCAUCGUGGUCUCUGUGUACUACUCAUCUGUGUUCUGUGCCUAUGUCAGUCCUGCUUCCAGUUACAGCCCAGAAAGAAGCAAAGUUACCUCAGUAUUGUACGCGAUCCUCAGCCCAACCCUGAACCCCCUCAUCUACACACUGAGGAAUAAGGAUGUCAAGCUCGCCCUGGGAAGACUCUUGCCCUCUUUCCCUCAGUAG